GCAGGGGAGUAAGCCCCGCCCCCAGCAGUCAUUGGUCAAUGAGCGGUGUUACAAAACGGACAGCUGCACGUGAGAAAAAUGUGCAGAAUUAUCAUAAGUGCCUUCGAUUUCAUGUGCUCGGAUUCGGAAGCGCAUGCUACUUAUUAGGUUGCGCAACAUCAGAGGAAAUAGAAGAGCGCUGCUCCUCCGUGCUCCACCAGCGACCCAGACGCUCCCACGUUAUUUCAGCAUGUCCGCAAACAAGCGCAAGCCGAAGCGCCAGAAGGAGGCAGCGGACGGCCCCGCGGGGAAAGAGCCGAGGCUGACGGGAGCGAGCGCGAGAGAGAGCGGCUGGCUGCCGAAGGAAGUGACGGAGCUCCGCAGAGCGGCGCGAGGAUGCGACUUCAAUAAAAAGCGCCUCCGCUGUCUGUCAGACGCACAGAAAAUCAAACAGGGCUCCGGUGGGGUCCUCUACUGGAUGUCCCGCGACCAAAGAGUCCAAGAUAACUGGGCAUUGAUCUACGCUCAGCAGCUGGCUCUGGCUGAGAAGCUUCCUCUGCACGUCUGCUUCUGCUUGGUGCCUCGGUAUCUGGAUGCGGCCUACAGACAGUACGCUUUUAUGUUGAAAGGACUGCGAGAAGUGGAGAAGGAAUGCAAAAGCCUGGAUAUUCAGUUCCAUCUGCUGCCAGGAGAACCUGGACAGAAGCUGCCAAGCUUUGUUAAAAACUGGAAGUUCGGAGCCGUCGUCGCGGACUUCAGCCCUCUCAGGAUCCCUCUCCAGUGGAUUGAGACCGUAAAGAAACACCUUCCGCCCGAUGUCCCUUUCAUUCAGGUCGAUGCACAUAACGUUGUGCCCUGCUGGGAAGCGUCUGAGAAGCUGGAAUACGGAGCCAGAACGAUACGAGGAAAAAUCACCAAACUUCUGCCAGAAUUCCUCACAGAGAUUCCUCCUGUGGACGCUCAUCCGUACUCCGCUGCUCGUACGGCAAAGGUUGUGGACUGGGAGGAGGUGCUGUCGUCUCUGGAGGUGGAGCGCAGUGUUGGAGAGGUAGACUGGGCUCAGCCUGGCUCCUCCGGAGGCAUGGCCAUGCUGGAGUCCUUCAUUGAUCAACGCUUGCGUCUCUUUGCCACUCACAGAAACAAUCCCAACUGUGACGCCCUCAGCCAUCUCUCCCCCUGGAUCCACACCGGUCAGUUGUCUGCUCAGCGCGUGGCGAAGCAGGUCAAGCGAGAGAAGAACGCCAGCGAGUCCGUGGCGUCUUUCGUUGAGGAGCUGGUGGUGCGCCGGGAGCUCGCCGACAACUUCUGCUUCUACAACCCCGACUACGACAGCGUCUCGGGAGCCUAUGAUUGGGCGAAGAAGACCUUGCAGGAUCACGCCAAGGACCCCAGACAGUACCUUUACACAAGAGAGCAGCUGGAGGACGCUAAGACCCACGACCAGCUGUGGAACGCUGCACAGCGUCAGCUGGUGUUAGAAGGGAAGAUGCACGGGUUUCUGCGCAUGUACUGGGCAAAGAAGAUCCUGGAAUGGACCGCGUCUCCUGAAGAGGCUCUCUCUAUUGCUAUAUAUCUGAAUGAUCAUUUUGCUUUGGACGGCUGUGAUCCCAACGGAUACGUCGGCUGCAUGUGGUCCAUCUGUGGCAUCCACGACCAGGGCUGGGCGGAGAGGCCCGUCUUCGGCAAAAUCCGUUAUAUGAAUUAUGCUGGCUGCAAGCGGAAGUUCGAUGUGGCACAGUUCGAGAGGAAGUACGCUGCUCUAAAGGAGACCUCCAAAAAAGAUACCAAGAAACCUGUCUAGUUUCAAUAUUUCUAUUUUCACUUCUCGUUGUUUGUACUUGUUUAAGGGGGAUGUUUUUCUGGCAGACCUUUUUCUGUAGUAAGGGAGGUUUAUUAAUAAGGUGCUAUAUUUGUUAUGUUGUUUUGUUCGUAUAAAGGCUACAAAAAAGCUACAUAAAAGGCAAUUUUUUUUAUAUAAAUGUUCAUAGGUUUGGUCUGAUGUUACGAAGUUCUCGACGGUCAUGCAUUGUAGACUUCAGAAAUGCAAUGUAUACUAGUUGUACUGGUGUUGUUUUUUCACUGCACAACGGUGGAAGAAUCUUUUUUAAAAUAAAAUUUUAAUACACA